GCGAUCUUGACCAGACGGAUGACGUUGGAUACCAUAGAAACGCGACGCUCUCCUCAAAUGACAAUGAAUGAGCUGGAUGAAAAAUAACACUUUAUUCUUGCGAUAAAAACAAGGGGAAAGAUGUCCCACAAAGCCGUUAAAGUGAUCGUUGAGCUUCACCUGAGGGCGGUUACCUGUCCAGGGGUGCAUUUACCAGACAAAGAUGAUGUGUACGUCAGUGUGUGUCUUAUAAACCAAUACAGAAAAUCUGAAUGUCUUCCUGCAAUCUUUCCAUUAUUAAUUCGGGAGAAAAUGAGGUUUGAAAAGGUACUAAAGUAUGUCACUGAUCCUGCAGAAAUAGCUGAAUUCUUACAAUGUGAAACAGUGAAAGUUGAACUCAUUCAGUUGAUCCCUCCAUCUGGAAGAAUACUGGCCAGUUUUGAAGAAGAUGCUCGCAGUUUUCUUUUCCCGGAGCCGAAGCUGGUGCCAUCUUUCUCCGGAGUAGAGAGAGAGUUAUUAAUGACACGAGAUCCUGCUUUUCCUGGUAUCUCUCCAAGGUUAGAAUUUUCUACCAAGACCACAAUCAGUCAAAUCUCUAAUAGAGAUGGAUUACAGAGUUGUCCUGCGAGGGCUAUGACAAAAAAGAGGAAGAAGAAGGUUCGGCAGCAGGGUAGUGCUGUAUCCCAAAGGCGUCUAACUUCUCCACAGAGGCAAAGAGGACUCUGGGAUAGAGACAAGGUCCCGGAUGGGGACUCCUCAGACACGGAUAAUCUCCUUGACUAUGCCGCGGAAGUGGGCAAACGCCAUUCCCGUAUGGAAUAUGAGGGCUCUUCCAUCCCAAGUCACUCCAGCAGGGAAUGCCAGAAACACAAUGGAUCUCUCCUGGGAUCUCCUAAUAGGUGGGAGGAGGUUCAAGAACGGGUUCAGAGCCUUUUAAUAUCUCCUAAAGCAGUCUGCAGACUAGCCUGUGGUGCCACUGACUCUGAGAUUGAUGAAGUAUUAAUACGAAGAGCUAUUGUGGCACACUCAUGCCCAUUCUAAGGGUGAAGGAUAAAGAAGUGGUUUUGUAGAGCAUCCGUGAAUCAUAUCCAAUUGAGUUGUGAGUGUGUUCUUGUUUUUAGUUUGUAGUUGCAUUGAAAGUCACGUAUUCCUUGAAUAGCUUGCUUAUAUCCUGAGUGACUUAACAAAAAACAAAACAGACCUUUGUGACAAUAAAUGGUCUUAUUUUACGUUUUUA